AUGAAGUUCCUGUGUCUCCCAGGAGGGUACUGCAGCGCCAAGGCUCUCAAAACACAACUAGGGCCGUUCUGCGAUGCGCUCGUAUCCAAUGGAAAGGCCGGCUUCUACUACACUCAAGGCACCACCGAGGUGCAUGUUCCCCCAGAACAUGCCGGGUUUUUCGGUCCGCCGCCAAAUUAUACCUUCAUGAAGGUCGAUGGACCCGAAUUGGUUCAUAUGAACAUGAGCGACUUUCCGAAGCGCGACACCCCAGAAGAAGCGAUGAAAGUUGCACGGGAGUUGGCUGGUCACCCCACAUUCUCCUGUAUCGUCGAGGUCGUGGACCGUCUGGUCGACAUUCUUGAUAGUGAAGGCGAUAUUGAUGGUGUGCUUGGGUACUCUGAAGGCGCCCAAAUUGCCGCAUCGCUCAUUCUCGAGGAACAGAGGAGGGAAAGAGAGUUCGGUCGGAAACCCCGACUCAAAUGCGCAAUCUUUUUCUGUGGAUGGCCUCCAAUACACUCGGUCAGUGGCAAGAUUGUGCUAGCUGAUGACUUCGAGGAAGAGCCGAUCACUAUUCCGACCUGUCAUGUCAUCGGUGCGUCGGAUCCAUUCCUUGAUGGGGCAAUGGCACUAUACAACAUGUGCGAUCCAGAUACCGCGGAUCUCUUUGAUCAUGGAGGGGGGCAUGUCCUCCCUAGAGGGAAACAGACGGUCCAAGAGCUUACCGUCACUGUACGCGAGAUGAUCAAUUCCGUAUCUUGA